CGUCCUCCAAAUCCUAGGCAUCAAGGGCAUCGCCGCCGCCAGCCGCCACAGACGUCUCGCCGCCGGCCGCGAACAAGUGACCACCACCAGGCACUCGCGCCGCCACAGCAGCACAAGCUCCCGUUUGGACCGGCGCUCCAGCCGCCUGCGCACUCUGGGUCGCGUCACUGGCGCUCCGCUCCGCGUUCCGGGAGAGAGGAACGAAGUAACGGGGCUCGUCUUUCCCGGUGGCCACCAGAUCGUGCACUUGCUGCCCUACCCCUUCGGUUUUCUUUGCUGCGAUUGCUAACCCGAGGACGCCAGCACGACGCCGACGAGAAGAUCGGGUUCAUGGGGGUUACGUUUUGCCCUGUGUUCGGUUGCUCUAGUAUGUGAAUCGAACCAUAUUGCUUUCUCUGUCCCAGAUUUGCUUUAUUUUGGUAUGGGCAUGGAUAUGCUCGUCUCGGCGGCUUUGGAGGAGGUGUGCGCCCGCGGUUCGCUCGGUCUCCCAGUAGCCGACAUCUGGACGGCGCUCUCCGGCGCGUUCGAGGCGGCCGGUCUCCCACUUGACCUGGUCGUCAAGCGCGUCCUCUUGGCCCGUCUCAUUGCGCUCCCUGUCAUCAGCCUCGUGGAAGGGGAGCGGGAGCGGGAGGCGCUCGUCCACCCGGCGGAGAUGGACGUCGAGGAGGCCGAGCGGCGUGGCGCCCGACUGCUUGCUAACCCUGCUCUCAGGGACAACUUCCUCGGGAUUUAUGACCACAGGUGCUCCGUUUCGGAGCUGAGUGCUGACCAGAUGCAGACGCUAGAAUGUCUCGGGACAAGCAGGACUUCUGGUCUCACACAAAGCAGUCUAAGCAAAAAGGUUCACAUCAAAGGAAACAACUUCCAUUAUGUUGUAAAGACCCUUAAGUCGCGGGGGUUAAUUGUUGGAAAACAAGCAAUUGUAAAGUUUAAUGACCAAGCUGGGGGCAAAGCUGCUUCAGGGAGUAAUCGUGCCAUCAGCACCAACUUAUUAUAUCUCUCAAGAUAUGCUAAAGGCUUGAAUAUGAACUCGCAUCAAAGAAUUGAGAUUACAAAGCCUAGACUUGUGAGUGAUGAAGAGACCAAAGUAGAUGCUUUGCAAGAAGAUGAAGCUCUUUGUGCACAUUAUAAAAACGGUGUAUCUAUCCAAGAUUAUCUUCCAAAAAUGAAAGCCAUAUGUGACAAACUUGAAGAAGCUAGUGGAAAGGCUCUUGCUGUGUCAGAUAUAAAAGAGGACCUCAGUUACAGGAUGCCAUUUGGGCACAGAGAAUGGAGAACUGUUCUGCAUAGGCUUUUGGAUGCACAACUUGUUCAAGAAAUUAAUGCCAAAGUUGACGAUAAGGUUAUUCACUGCUUACGGCUUCUAAAGAGAUUUGAUCCAAAUGAGUUUACGCCAAAAAGUAUGACCUCAAACUACAAACUUGGCAAGAAAGGCCUGGCAACUGAUCAAGUCAUGGAGCUUCCUUUAGAGAACUGUAUAUAUGAUAUGAUCAAUGCUCAAGGGACAAAAGGUGUAACCCUUGUUGAGCUUGGCAAACGUCUUGGGGGCAAGUUUAUCAAUCCGAAGGAGCUACAUAAUAGAAUGCUUUCUAUGUCUAAAAGAUUCAGUUUGACUUUGGACAUUGAAGCAAUAGGUAAAACUAAACAGUACAGAGUUUGGACUUCAAAAAAUUUUUUGCUGUGCAAAGCUGCUCUACAAAAUUGUGAUGCGCUCGAUGAUCAUGAGUAUUGUUCGGAUUUUCGGCCUCCGGUUCCAUCUAAAGAAUCAGAUUCUCUUAAUGAGCUCUUGUUCGAAGAAGAUCGUCAUGAUAAACCAGUCCAUGAUCUCCUGAGUAGCCAUGAAGCUUGUGUUGGAGCUUCUCAACUAUCUGAACAAGCGUCCAUAGAUCCAAAUGAGCUCUUGUUUGAAGAAGAUCAUGAGUAUUGUUCGGAUUUUUGGCCUCCUGUUCCAUCUAAAGAAUCAGAUUCUCUUAAUGAGCUCUUGUUUGAAGAAGAUCGUCAUGAUAAACCAGUCCAUGAUCUCCUGAGUAGCCAUGAAGCUUGUGUUGGAGCUUCUCAACUAUCUGAACAAGAUAAAGUUGCCUUUCAGAGGAAGAGGCGUUGCUGGCCCACUUCAACUUUUGAUGAUCAAAGACAAAAAAGGAUUCGUCACAUAUUAAAGAAAAAGAAUUUUGUUCUGAUGGUGGAGUUACAUAAAUUUUUAGAGAGACUUGAGAAGGAAAAUGGAAAAAUAAUGGACAGGAAGACAUUGAUUCGCACUUUGAAUAAGCUUCAGCAAGAGGGUAGUUGUAAGUGUACCAAAGUUAAUGUCCCUGUGGCUACAAACUAUGCUGGCUGUCGUACUAUUGAUGUAAUACUGAAUCCUUCUGUUGAGAUCAUGACACCGGAACUCAUGGAUCAAAUUAGGAACAGACUAAGGAAUUUUGAUUCUCGAAGUCGUUCAGGUGCAGCAGCUAAAUUGAAGCAAAAGCAACAUGUAACUGCCAUACAUGGAUUGAGUGUUCAAUGCAAAGUCAAAGUUAAAAAAACAUCAGUAUUAGAAGCUAUCCAUUCCAAUGGAUUCAUAGGUGCAAAGAUGAUUCGGGCAAAGUUGUUACAUAAAUUUCUAUGGGUAUAUGUUAGUGGUCUGCCACAUUGGUGCAAGCUAUUUGAUUGUGCCAAAGAAGAGCAGCAUGAAAAGAACCUUAAUCAAUUAUGUCAGUUGUUUUCGGUCACAGCAGCUAUAAAAAAAAUGCCUCUUGGACUCUUUCUACAAGUUGUGGGGUCAGCAAAGAUUGACAAGAUGAUAACUAAGUAUUCUCUUGGAAAAACACUUUCAGAUAUUCCUAUAGACGUGUACAAUCAGCUCAUGAAUACUCAUGCUAAGGGCCGACUAUCACGCUUGAUAAAUAUUUUAUAUAAGCUCAAGUUGAUUGGACUUGUAAACGAACUUGUAGAGGAUUCUGAUGUGCAAUCAGAUGAUUUGCCUACACAUUCACUGGAGCUGAGGCCUUACAUUGAAGAACCUACACCAAGAAUCAUUCUGUCAUCGCAUGUUAAUUCAAACCAUCGUCCGAAAGUUCGGCACGAUUUUCAGCUUUUAAAGCAGGAAUCCGUCGAUGCUUACUGGGAAACAUUAAAAUACUGUUAUUUAACAUCUGACUUUAUUGAGCCAAGUGCCUUCCCUGGCUGUUCUGUACCUGAGGUUUCUCAUCCACGUUCGUGGAGUUCACUAAGAGUAAUGACCACUGAACAACAACUUGAAUUACAACAGCGUCUUAUGAAAGAAAGUGAGAAGGGGAAAGUUUCUUAUAAAGUUUGCCGUAUAAUUGCAAAGGAGUUAAAUCUCUCUGUGCAGCAGGUGCUCAGUGCUUCCUCCAAGAAUAGACACAUCCAUGGGCAGCCAAGUAUUUCUAGUACACAAAAUCAGCAAAAAUUUAGUUCUAGAUCAGCUUCUCAGAAAAGGAAAAGAUCUGCUCAUGAGAUUUGCAUGAAGUUUACUAAGCAAAAAGUUGAAGCUAGUGGAUCAGAUGAACAGAGGUCAGCCCAGUCUAUCCUUGAUGAAGAAGUAACGGAGAGAAUCUCUCCAACAUCCACUGAUCGACUACGUUGUCUGCUGGUAUCUGGAACUGGCAGCACUGGUAGUUCCAUGCAUACAAAUAAAGAUAAGGAAAGCAGUCCACUGAUCAGUCAAUCUACCCUGUUAAGAAAAAAAAAUACGGGAAAGAAAAAUUCCUUUUGGACAUCCGAAUCUGACAGAAAAUUGCUGAUGAUAUACACUAGAUACCGCACAAUACGUGGAGCAAAAAUCUCCCAUGUAGAUUGGAACUCUAUCUCUGACCUUCCAGCUCCACCAGCUGCAUGUUGUAAAAGGAUGUCAACCUUAAGAGCCAUACCAAACAUAAGAAUAGCUGUGAGUCGAAUCUGCAACAUUCUUGCGAUACGGUAUAAUAGGUACCGUGAAAAGGAAAUAAGAUCAAAAGCGAUAGGAACCCCAAAUUCUGGUUAUGAGAACUCUGCAGCUUCAGAUUCUGAGCAAUUCAAUUGGGAUAAUUUCGAUGAUCCUGAAAUAAGAAGUGCACUUGAGGAAGUGCUUGAAUUCAUUCGAGUAGGAAAAAUGAGCCAGACAAAGCAGAACAGUCCAAAUAAUAAAAGGAUCAAUGCUGAUAAUGAUGUCGCUGAAGAUAUUUCAACCGAGCAGGAACGACCGGUUGGGCAAUAUACAACCAGCAAGAGCACUGUAUUUCAAGAAACUGGAUUCCACGAACAUGCGAAAUUGUGUAGAAAUUCCAGUUCAAUCCAUGCAAGUAAAAACAUGGCAAUUCCCUGCAGAUCUCUUGAAAAUGUCAUGGAACUCAACAAAGCUGAGAUUACUAGAGGAGUACGCAAAUCCUUGGCAAUUGCCAAUGCAUUAGAACUCCUAAAGCUGUUUUUUCUAAGUGCAUCAUUAGGCUCAGAAGUGCAAGCUGCAUUAACAACAACCUUCCAGCUUUAUUCAGAGAGCGAAAUUUUUACUGCCCUUUCCUUUUUGAGAGAGAAAAAUUUCAUGGUUACUGGAAAUGGAAUAAGAACCCUUUCUGGAAAAUUCUUCUUUGAUGCUUCUCAUUCACCCUUCCCAUUCGGUUCAGGGAAAAAGGCUUCUGAAUUUUCGAAGUGGCUUUUAGGGCAGCAAAAGGAUAUUGUUAUAGACAGUACAAUUUAUUUGUAUCCAGAUCUACAAUGUGGGGAAACAGUACACCUCUUUUCUCUACUGUUGUCAGGAGAGCUGCACAUUUCUCCUUCCAUGCCAACUGAAGGAGUUGGUGAGGUUCAUGAGCCUAACAGCUUCAGUCCUUGCAUUGAAGAUACUAGUGAAUUGGAUGACCGUACGCACAAACGUAAGCAUGUGGAGUUGAAAGGCAGUAAGACUAAGAAACACAAACCUUUGCCCAAGAUGGAUCAUUACUGCUAUCGUCAAGAGAAAGGUUUCCCUGGUAUCCAAGUGGCUUUGAAUCAGGAGAGGAUUCAAACAAGCAAUCGCAUGCAAACGGUACAUCAUAAAGAAUGCCUUAUGUUUACUUUAGACAGGGAAAUGGGCAGCAAGGAUGUCAAUUCCCAGGUAAACAGUAAGACAAUAAACAGUGACAUGUUAUCAGUUUUAAACAACUUGAGUUCAUGUCGCUGUUUAUUAUCUGCAUCUCAUUUGGAAAGUUCUUGUAGCGGAUGGCCUUGGGAUGCUAUGAAAAUAUAUGCAGAACAGGUAUCAUCAUUGUCUUGUUAUAAAAAUGAAACUUCCGUUCUUUCUUCUGACCUGUUUAGAAGUGCAUUUUGUAUUAUUCAUGAAACUGGUGAACAAGGAGUUAAUUUGACAGAAAUUUCAGAGGUGUUGCAUCCACUAGGCAUGCAAUCUAUCAAUUUGAUUGUCGAUACGCUUGAGAGAUUUCAGCUAGCCUUUAAGGUCAAUGCAUAUGAUGGUGUGCAGAUUGUUGACUCAUUACAUAAGCCAAAGUAUUGUAUAACCACAAUGGCUGAAUACAGUGAUUGCAACUGUUUGCGAGCUCCGGCUUCUGAAAUUGUGUUGACUGGGGACGCCAGAAAUAUGCUGAAAGAGAAGCAUGCAAUGCCUAAUAAUUUUUAUGGAACUAUAAAAAACCUAGGAGAUGGGCACACUGUGACAGUUCUUAGUGUUCAAAGGAAGUCAAGCUCUCAUUUGCACAGCCAAAGUCCUGGAGAUGAUGAAAGACCUACUUGGCAAAGGGGCAGUUGUUCAUGUCAAGUUUGCAAAACCCAUAUUUAUCAUCCAAUAUUACCAUGGAUAAAUGUUGAUGGCAGCAAAAAUAGCACUGUCUAUGAAGGUUUAAGUCGUCGAAUUAUUGGAUAUGUCAUGCAUUAUCCAGGAAUGCUGGAGGAGGACAUCAUUCAUCGGAUGUCUGUACUGAAUCCUCAGACAUGCAAGACCUUGCUGGGACAACUGACAUCUGAUAAACACCUCUAUGUUAGGGUGUUUGAUGAACCUGUGCCUACUGCUCCAAUCAUACUGCAAUCUCUUUUGAAGCAUGAUCGCUAUAAAGAACCCUCCAAGUGUGGAAGGCAGUACUUCGCUAAUCCAAUGAGUACAUUUAUGCUGUAGAACGAUGUGGAUGGCUUCUUAAAUAUCUAUUACUGCUUAAGCUUGUGUAACGUGUCCCAAAUAUUCUUGCACUGGGUGGUUGCGUAGUCAUUUAUCCUUAAUUAAGUAUUAGUACUGUUUAUGCUAUCGGUAACAUGAUACUGAAUGUAACAGAUUCACAUGCUGAUCAACAAAAGACACAGUAAAUUAUUACAGCUUACUUUAGAGAU